UGUUGAUGACACGGCAACUCCCUAUAGGUAUGUCUUCCUGUCGGGAUGAGAUGCACCUGCAGAAAGACGCGCGCGCACAACAUUUACCUCCUCACCUUACUGCGUGGGAGAACGUUGAUGCUUUCUGGGCUUUAUUUAAUGUUUUAAGUCGUCGCACAACCACAGAAAACCUGGGUCCCCUCCGUGUCAGCACAGAAGAGCAGAUGGACCAGGUAUCAACCCGGUCAGGAGUGGGCAGUGAUGAUAUUACAGAUGAGUCCACGUCCAUGCUGGAUGUCCGGUGGAGCUCUGAUGAAGAAUUGAGCUCCGACCCCCAGGGCCAGUGUCUCGCUGCUCCUCAGACUCCUCUGCCGACGUACAAACAGAGGUUUGAUGAAUUUAGGAAGCUGUUCAGAGAGCUGCCGGAGUCCGAGAGGCUCAUAGUGGACUACACGUGUGCCCUGCAGCGGGACAUCCUCCUUCAGGGACGCCUCUACCUCACAGAGAACUGGCUCUGCUUCUACAGCAAUGUGUUUCGGGGUACAAAGAUUACACUGACUCUCAAAGACGUCAUCAAUAUGACCAGAGAGAAAACCGCUCGUCUGAUUCCCAAUGCCAUCCAGAUCUGCACGGCAACAGAUAAAUUCUUCUUUACCUCCUUCUCGGCAAGAGAGAAGAGUUACCAGGGUGUUUUCCGCAUGUGGCAAAACACCCUGUUGGACAAGCCUCUAACCAGCUUAGAGUUGUGGCAGAUGGUCAAACUGCAUUAUGGGAACGACCUGGGUCUGAGCCACCAGGAGAUGGAGAGUUUACACAUAUCAGAAACAAGCAUGCAGAGCAGCCUACAGACAGCGAGGCCUGGCGGGGAUGAGGGUGUAGGGAGGCUGGAGCGCCCGCAUACCCUUCGCCUCCCCAGCAUGGAGAACGGGCCCUUAGAGGCCUCCACUCCACCUGGGGAGGACUUUCUUUCUCCGCUCAGCUCAAACAACUCUCCAAAUAUGGAAGAUGCUCGCAGCCCCCCCACUCAGCGGCGCAGUCCUGCUCCCUCGCUGGACCGCCUCGCCCCAGAACGGGUUUCCAAACGCUCCUCGCUUUCUCUUGACCUCAACGCCAACCAGAACGACGCGACCGAGCAGAGUGGCUCAGAAAGUAAUGAGGAUGUGGAGGAACGAGUGGUAAUGCCCGAGGUCCAGGGUCGACUUUUUAUAAACAAGGUGUUCCACAUCAGCGCCAACAAGAUGUUCGAGCUGCUGUUCACCGACUCCAGCUUCAUCCGCAGGUUCAUGAUCGCCAGGAAGACAACCAACGCCAGCUCUACUGCUUGGCAGAAAGACGCCUCGGGACACAUGAAGCGGAGUCUGAACUACACAAUAACCAUCAACAACCCACUGAUAGGCAAAUCCUCCACUGCUACAGAGAACCAGACGCUGUACAAAGAAUCCCGGGAGGGUCAGUACUACCUCUUGGACGCAGAGGUGUACACUCACGAUGUUCCCUAUCACGACUACUUCUACACUCAGAAUCGCUACUACAUCAUCAGCAACUCGAAGCGGAAGUGUCGACUCAGGGUGUACACCGAUGUGAAAUACAAGAAGCAGCCAUGGGGCCUGGUCAAGUCCUUCAUCACGAAAAACUCCUGGAGCGGCAUAGAGGAUUAUUUCCGACAGCUGGAGGCAGAGCUGCUGGAGGAGGAAGCGGAGAUGAACCAAGGAGGUGGAGACACCGGGAAGAUAGGUGGUCUUCGGAGGAGGAGACGGACUUACAGCCGGACCCUGCCCGAGCACAUGAAGCCCAAUAAGCCGUACGGGCAAGACCCCCAACAGCGCAGAGAUAGCAACAUGGGCCCCAUAGAAAUAAACAGCCCCCUCAGAUGGAGCACCACAACAAUAGUGAUCGGGAUGAGUUUGAUUUUGCUGAUUCUGACGUUGAUGAAUCUGGGUCUGUUCUUCAAGUUGUGGGCCAUGGAGGACGUAGCGCACCGCAUGUACCUGAACACCAAGCAUCGGCUGAGGGAGAGGACUGAAGCCCGCUUGGCCCCUGAUUACGGGCCCAGACAGGGACCAGAGUACCAGAGCAGAGAGGAUGCACAGCUGCUGAAAACUGUCCUGCAGGACUCCAUCCACCUAUUAGAACAGCUCCGCAGCUCUCUGUUGGUGCUGCACCAGAGCUUUGCUAUGGCCAAUCGCACGGCAGAACCACAGUGAUGCUCCACACCUGGGCGCCUGCAGAGAGCCUGGUCCCGGCCCUGACGAGGAUAAAGAAGGACUGCAGUAGUGAGCUGCCUCUGGGGAAAUCUCUGUGAUGUUGCUAUAUGGACGUCCCCAGACUCCUGACAUGUGUUGCCAGGAGUUAUAUGGUGGGGGGGGGGGGGGACAUCCAAAGCAAGGAUUGUGGACUAACGGCUGCAAAAAUAGGAGUCUGAUGCACAUGGAUCACUAUUUUCCUUAACCACGGCAAUGGAUAUCAGGGAUAAACCUCCAAAUGUGCCUUCCUCUGUUCUGAUGAGCCAUGCCACAUCAACUGAGCUAUUGUAAAAAGUUCUAUUUCCGUUUAAAUGAAUCAAUAUUAUUUAAAAACUAUUUACAAUUUUGCACAUUUUAAUUUGUUGCACAGGUGCCUUGUAGAUGAGGCUGUGUUUUAAAUCUAUUUUUAGGUUCUUUUUAUAACAAUAAAUAUUUUACAAUCGGCGAUGAUUUAUCUUGUUUUAUAUGCAGGAGAGAUUUAUGAGCCAAAUCAGGUGUACAGAAGAUACAGUUUUUUAACGCAUAUCAAUCAAUUAUUCACCUUCCUGUUCAUGUGUUAUCACUCUGUCGUUUCCUUUUCUACUUACUGUCCCGCUCCCAGUGAAAUACUCGGGGACGGGUCAGUGGUGCUCUCAGGUAAUCUCAGCACUAUCUUCCUGUCGACACUAAAGGACACUUGUUCUGGGAUUUCUCUAAUUGUUUUCGACACACCACUACUUUAGUUUUGAGCCUUGUUUGAUGUUUAUAGUGUUCCAAUCACCCAUUAUGUGUGUUUCUUCAGGCCACCGACAAACUGGUUGUUUUGUACAUAUGUAGUAAUAAUGCAGUAUGCUGUUUUAAUAAACAAGAUCUCUCGUAAAA